AUAUAUCAAAGAUUCUUCGCUGGAUAUAUAUACAUAUAUACAUACAUACAUAUAUAUAUAGAUAUGUGUGUGUAUAUAAGAUCAACUUUGCAAUUAAUUUAUUCUACAAAAUGAUUCUGAGAAUAGCCACCUAACAUGUUUAUACCCUGUAGAAUCUACUUUGUACGUAUCUUUUACAAAUAUCUAGCACAAUUACAAAUUAAAGAGAAUAGAAAUUAUCUAUAAUAAAUGAGAUUAAGAAAAUGAACUUCUUGAAGUGGAGAUAAAUGAUAAUAACAACAGCAUAAAGCUUAGUUGGCACAAACAAUCAAAUGUUAAAUCCUAAUGGAGAGUUGAUUAAAGAUGUUAAAUCGAAUCUGCUGAUCCCCAUAUGUAAGACUCCAUUGUUCCACUUAAUAAUAGAGACUCAACAACCCUAAAUCCCCAUCACUUAAUAGAUUAUUUCUAAUGGAUUCUUAAUCAUUAAUGACCACUUCACCCGAGGCACAGAUGUUUCUCUGUUUCUUUUCCCUAUACCAACUCUCAAUUAUUUACUCAAGUUUCCAAGUAGAUAACUUGAUACCUGACAAAAUAUAGAUAACUAAGAAUACUUUCACAAAUAAGUGUUUGUUUAGGUGGCCUAACUUUCCUAACUUUAAUAUUUUAUACCCAAUUACAGAAUUUGAUUUGUUGUGGAAUAUUGAGAUUUCGGUAAAGAUGGAUCUCUCUUUUCCCCUUUCAGUUUUCUUAUAAUUCCUCUUCACCUUUUCUUAAGUGGAGGAAGAGGAGACAAAUCAUUUGAUAAAGCUCCAAAACAAAUUAUUAUCCUAUGGUAUCAUUAUCCAUCAAGGAUGAUGUAACCUAUAAUAUAAGAAAAGAAUUUAUACCUUUAGAUGUCAUUAAUUCUUAGAGGAUUUUCAUAUCAAAGAUUCACAAACAUUCUAUUCUAGCAUUUUUAUCCAAUACACAUGAUAGAGAAAUAUCAAGAGAAAGAACUAAAGAAUGUAAGCAUGAUUUUGUAUGGUUGCUACUAAAGAAUGUAAGCAUGAUUUUGUAUGGUUGCUACUAAAGAAUGUGAGCAUGAUAUUGUGUAGUUGCUAUUUGUGUUGGAUCUGCAAUAUACAGCUUUACCACCUACCAUUCUUGAAAGUGAAAAGUAAUAAGUGGCCAGUGAUACCUUGGGAUAAUGCAUCGACAAAGCACACUAACUCAAAAAUAAUGUUCCUCUUAUGUUUUGUUUGUGUUGUCUUUGAGCAGCAUCACAAUAAAAUCAAGAACCCAAAAAGUAGUGAUGUUGGCUAUGCUAUCAUAGGGCAAUUAUUGAACCCAGCAAAACACCAUUGUUUCUCCAACAUUGUCAGUCAGAUUUAAAGGUAUCCUUACUUUCACUUCUAAUUGAAGAGAAACUACUUCAACUUGAAGUCUGCACCUAAACUAAAAUCUGUGCUAAGUCAACUAGAAAUUUGAAAAUGAAGCAGUUCAUCAUGGAAGCUUUGUGCAUGCCACUAGUAAAGUUCUCUCCAAUGACUGUACUAGAAAAUAAAUAAUUGUAGUCAAA